AUGUCUUCUCCUCGAGUGGGCGUGGUCAGAGACUCCAUGCUGACCAAUCCGCUGCUGAUCAAGGCGUCCCUGGGCCACAGUCGGUCCAGAGGUCUGAGCCGUCCCGGGCCAGACUUUGUGUACGGAGACAGCAGCACGGUGCGGGACGGAGGCGUGGCUGAGGUCCUGUCCAGUUGGAGGGUCCAGUCUGGAUCAGGAUCUUGUCGUCCUCGUCGUCCUGAUCCAGACUUUGUGUCUCUGAACCGGGACGGGGUGAGGUUGGGUCUGGUGACGGCCAGAGAGCUGAGUCAGUACCGAGCCCAGCGGCAGAGCUCCGCCCCCAAACGCCCUCAGCCUCCCAGCGGCAGGACGGCCCGGUGCCCGGCGGUGCCCGACAUCACAUUUGGAAUCGGCACAAAGCCGUCCUCUCCUCUCUCAGACUUGUUGUCUCAUCAGUUUGCUCGUCGUUGGUUGGACGAGCAGCAGCUCAGGAAUCCAACCAGCAGCCAGCAGCAGCUGAAGUCAAAACCAGGUUGUAUUCCAGACACCAGGACGAGUCUGCUGAGGAGGAGCAGAGCUCUGCCGCACACACACACACCGUUCACCCUGCCUCGCUUCAGAGAGGUGGCUCCCGCCCUCGACACCUUCAGGACCCGGCAGGCUCGUCCCGGGACGUGCGGGGCGCCCGGGAGAGGAGCCCCGGGGGCGGGCCCGGCCGGCCUGGACGGACCGCUCAGCUGA